AUGUCUGAUAAGGGAUCAAUUGGCUUAGGAUCGUCUAAGAGACAACCUCUUCUACAGGGUAAAUUAGCUCGUGGCGACGACCAAUCUCUCCCUCCAAAGGCAAUCAAGACUCAUCCUGGAGGGAGUGAAGGCGAUGAAAAUGCGAAUGUCUAUUUCAUCGGCACGGCCACUACCAUACUCGAAUGGGAAGGGUUUCGACUACUCACAGAUCCCAACUUCCUCCAUGCCGGUGACCACGUCCAUCUUGGUCCUGGAGUUACUGCUGAGAGGCAAACUAACCCAGCGGUUGACCUACAUGAGCUGCCAUCACUAGACGCAAUUCUUCUAUCGCAUUACCACGAAGAUCACUUCGAUCGAUUGGUAGAAGACUCCCUCAAUAGAGAUUUCUUAAUUCUCACAACGCCUCAUGCGCAUAGAUAUUCGAAGGCUGGUGAGGCUCUCCCUGUCAUCAAAGUCACAGGUAUGCCUGGCAAACAUGUUCACCCGGGACCCCUGGCUGCAGUCAACGACCUGCUGGGUGCUGUUCCGCCAACAAAUGGCUGGAUGCUCGAACUGGGUUACCGCAAGGUUGAAACGGGCAAGCUCCAAACUGGCUAUCGGAUUUACAUCUCUGGAAAUACUCUUCUAGUGGAUGAGCUUAAGGAAAUUCCUAAGUGCCUUCGAGAAGAGCGCAUCGAUCUGAUGCUCAUUCACCUGGGAGGUACCACUAUCCCCGGGCCAUCUGCGCCAUUGAUCAUGGUCACACUCGAUGCGAAGCAAGGCGUUGAAUUGAUGAAAAUGAUGGAUCCGGAGAUCACGAUUCCAAUUCAUUAA